CUUCUUCUUCAACCGAAUAAUGUAAUAACGUGAACAAGGGUUUCUUCUUCUUCUCCUCUCAUUUCUAAUUCUAAAAUCAAAUUUCGUGCACAAUGGAACAAGAUCUCCCUCUCCGCCAUAACCUCCAUUCGCCGACGUUCCCCUCCGAUCUCGAGUUGACUCGCUCCGCUUCUUUUUCCGACUCCUCCGCCACCACCACCGACAACACCUCCGGUGACGCCGCUCCGUUUCAGGACCAGUCUAGACGAUGGACAGAUCAACUGCACAAGUCAUAUCUUAGUUCUUUAGAGGCCUCAUUUGUGAAUGAGUUGCAUCGUUCUAUACAUUUACGUGGUUGGAGCUUUCACAAUAGGGCUGAUGAAGCAUAUAAAUGUAAAACUCUGCAAAAUACACCUAGUAUGCCUAGGCAGUCUCUGGCUCUACAAGAUGGCUGCCAGAAGAAGAUCAAGCUUGAAAAAAUUGCCACUAUGUUAGAGAGCGCAGCUGAUUCUCAUGUUGUUGCAGGAAGUGAACUAGGAGUUGCAACGGUAGAUAAAGCUUGUAGUCUAAGAGAGCCUAAUACCUAUGACCAUGGUUUACUUUGCAAAGAGGAGAUUCAUGCCAGUGGGAGUUCAGCAUUUGCCAACAGGUCAGCAAGAAGUUGUGUGGAGAAGCAAUGCACAUUCCAUGCAGAAUCGGAUUGCAGUACUACAGAGGUCAGUGAUCAAAACUUCAAGGAUGAAGUAGCCAGUUCAAGCAGCAUGCCCAUGGCUAAAAGGUUGAAGACAGAUGCAGCUGAUGGUUCAAGCACCGAUCAAGUACAGUGUUGUCCCAUUUGGAAAGUUUCAGACAACUGACGUUUCAACUGUUAGUAAUUCAACGCCAGAGAAUGAAGGACAUGAGUUGCUAUCUCAACUCCCAGAGAGCUUCCGUGUCCCAAAGUCUGUUCGUCCUUGCGUUCUCAUGGAUAGGUAAGUAUAUGCAACAUAUAUUAAAACUCAAAUUCUACAGUGAACGCUCAUAUAGCACAAGAGAAUAGAAAAUUUACUUGGUGCCCUUUCAAGAAACUUGAGGGGCUUAUGUAAAGGAAAAUCGGACGUGGCAACCCUAUUCUUGUUCAAUUUAGUGCUGGUUAGGUUACCCAUAGAGUUUAAUGUAAUAUAGUGAGGAAGAAUCUUUGAUAGCAAUAUGCUUCUACGUAGUACAAUUGAUUUGUAUGAUUUUUUGUUAGAUGAAGUUUUGGGUGGUUAACCAGCUGUUUAGGUGUCGAAGUAAGUGAUUCAUUUCUUCAGUUGGCUUCCUCAAGUUUUCCUGCUGUAACUGCACUUUCUAAUAGAGAAAUCCGUAUUUACACAAAUCCAAUACGCAUGUCUUUAUGGUUAAUGUUAUUUGUAAGUUGGAGUUGUGCAAUGCUGCAAUAGCAUGAGGUGUUUGAACGUACAUACUUCAAAGUAACUAUGCAGUUUAAUGAUUUUGAA